GCUCUGUGUGAAGUCGCUAUGGGGCUGUGGGCUCUUACCUCAUGGGCCUUCCUGCUGCUACUGGGCCUGGCUGCUGCCAGCUUCCUCCUGUACUGCGCUUACAUCCAGUACAUCCACAUGAAGUAUGACCACAUCCCGGGGCCCCCCAGAGACAGCUUCUUAAUGGGUCAUUAUCCAACAAUAUCGAAGCUGACCAAGAACAAUGAGAUAAUCUAUGAUUAUUUCCUGAGCUGGGUUUUAAAGUAUGGCCCGGUUGUGCGCAUCAAUGGUUUUCAUCUUGUCAUCGUACUUGUGGCUAGUCCUGAUGGAAUAAAGGAAAUUCUGAUGUCAACCAAACACCCAAAGGAUACAUUUUACGAGGAUAUAUUUAAGAUAUUUGGAGUAAGAUUCCUGGGAAAAGGAUUACUGACUGACAGAGACUACGACCGCUGGCACAAACAGCGAAGGAUCAUGGAUCCCGCGUUCAGCAGACCGUACCUGAUGGGUUUGAUGGGAACAUUCAAUGAGAAGGCAGAGGCGUUAAUGGAGACCCUCGCUGAGAAAGCAGAGGGGAAAUCAGAGGUUAAAAUGCAUAACUUGCUGAACAGAAUGACCCUGGAUGUGAUUGCCAAGGUGGCAUUUGAUAUAGACCUAAAUUCCCUACAUGAUGAUCGGACCCCGUUCCCAAGGGCCAUUUUUAUGGCUCUGAAAGGAUUGGUUGAAAUGAGAGACCCUUUUGCGCAGAUUCGUCCUUCAAAAAGAAAACUUAUCCAAGAAAUCCGGGACUCUGUCCUGCUGCUCCGUAAAACAGGGAAGGACUGCAUUGAGAAGCGUCAGAGGUUGGUAGAGGAGGGAGCAGAGGUUCCCGGGGAUAUACUGACACAGAUACUCAGGGGAGGCGCGCUGGAAGAUUACUGCGAUAACGAGGUGCUGGUAGACAACUUUGUCACUUUCUUCAUCGCUGGCCAGGAAACGACGGCCAAUCAGCUGGCGUUCGCUGUCCAGGAACUGGCGCUACAUCCCGAGAUACUGAGAAAAGCGAGGGCGGAGGUGGAUGAGGUCAUUGGUUCAAAGCGAGACAUUGAGUAUGAUGACCUCGGCAAACUAAAGUACCUGUCCCAGGUACUGAAGGAGACCCUGAGGUUGUACCCCACCGCUCCCGGGACCUCUCGGUUAAUAGAAGAAGACCUUGUUGUUGAGGGAAUCAGGAUUCCAAAACAUACUCCAGUGUUGACCUACUCCUACGUCACAGGGAGGAUGGAGCAGUUCUUCCCAGAUCCCACCACCUUCGAUCCAGACAGAUUCAGCCGCAACUCCCCAAAGCCGUACUUCACCUACUUCCCGUUCUCCCUUGGCCCGCGCUCCUGUAUAGGUCAGGUCUUUGCACAGAUGGAGGCCAAAGUCGUGAUGGCGAAACUGCUGCAGAGGUUUGAGUUCCGGCUGGUGGAGGGUCAGACGUUCAAGAUUCUGGAUGCAGGAACUCUGCGCCCCAUGGACGGAGUGAGGUGUCGACUUACACUCCGAGCAGAGCAGUAAAGAAGCAAAGCGUUUUCUUGCGAUCACUAUUAAUGGAUAACAUUACUUUAUUCAUUAUUCUGAUAGGUGUGAUGUCAGAAUUUUAUAACAUUAAUGAUAUGUUUUAUUUUAUUUUUUGUACAAAUUAACUUUGACGUCAACUGAUUUGGUUCUGUGAGAGGCUGAAAGCAAACUUGCCUACUUGUGAAUAUUUAUACCCUAAAACCUGCCCAACUCUUUGUUUGAGUCAUUUUCAAUAACAAUUAUAAAGUAUGAAAACA